AAUCCAAUCCAAUCCAUCCCGACAAGACACUCCUCUCCAUCCUGCAAUAGAAUAUAAAACCCCACCUCUGGCCACCCCCUCCCUUCCACUUUGUCUACUAGCCAAGCCCUCAUCAAGCCAACUACCUCACACAUCCUCCCCUCCGCUCCUCCGCUUCCCUCAUGAAGAUCUCCAUCGCUGCCGCCAUCGGCCUCUUGGCCGUUGCCAUCACCUCCGAGGCGGUCAAGGUCAACCCCUUGCCCGCCCCCGUCUCCAUCGCCUGGGCCAACUCUGGCCCCGUCAAGGUCCACAACAGCUUCCAAAUCACUGGAACCAAGCACGAGAUUCUCACUAAGGCUUAUGCCCGCACUGCUGCCCUGAUCAAGAAGGAGCGCUGGGUCCCUCAGACCUGGGAGCGACCCGCCGCCGAGUUCCCUCCCUAUCCCAUCUUCGAAAAGCGCGCCGACGAUAAUGAAGAGGACCUUUCAGCCACUCUUUUCACCAACAGCAACAACGGCAACAGAAAUGUGAUUAGGACCUUCAAUGUCCAAGUCGAGGACCUCAAGGCCGACCUGCAGAUGAACGUAGACGAGUCCUAUACCCUGGACAUCACUGCCAAUGGCAAGGGUCAAAUCAAGGCCAAGACCAUUUGGGGCGCUCUCCAUGGACUCAACACUCUCACCCAGAUCAUCAUCGACGAUGGCAAGCGCGGUCUCCACAUCGAGGAGCCAGUCCACAUUGAGGACAAGCCCAAGUAUACUCAUCGUGGAGUUAUGUACGAUACUGGUCGCAACUUUUUCCCUCUCAAGUCCCUCAUGCGACAGAUCGAUGCACUCGCCUGGGCAAAGUUGAACGUCUUCCACUGGCACAUCGUCGACUCUCAGUCCUGGCCCCUGGAGAUCAAGAAGUAUCCCCAGAUGACCAAGGAUGCUUACUCCCCUCGCGAGAUCUACACUCAAAAGGAUAUCCAGGCUCUCGUUAAAUACGGUCGCGAUCGUGGAGUCCGUGUCAUUCCCGAGAUCGACCUGCCUGGUCACUCUGCCUCUGGCUGGCUCCAGGUUGACAAGAAGGCCAUCACUUGCUCCGAGUCAUGGUGGGACAAUGAUGGUUGGACCCAUCAUACCGCUGUCGAGCCCAACCCCGGUCAGCUCGAUAUCUCCUACGAGGGCACCUACAAGCUGAUCAAGGACGUCUACUCUGAGACUGCCAAGCUCUUCACGGAUAAUAUCUUCCACGUCGGCUCGGACGAGCUCCAGACCUACUGCUACAACUACUCGACCUCGGCCAUGGACUGGUUCCGUCAGCGCCCUGGAUCGACCUAUUCUGAUUUCGCCCAGUACUAUCUCGACAAGGCGCUUCCUAUUUUCAUGGACAAGCCCGGACGUCGUCUGAUGAUGUGGGAGGACAUUAUUCUUUCGCCCGACAUGCCUGCCAAGAAUGUCCCCAAGUCGAUCAUCAUGCAGUCCUGGAACAAUGGUGUCGACAACAUUAAGGCCCUCACCUCCAAAGGCUACGACGUUGUUGUCUCCUCGGCCGACUUUUUCUAUCUCGACUGCGGCAACGGUGGCUGGGUCCCCAACGAUCCCCGCUACAACGUCAACGAGCCCCCAGAGCUGCCCAAGGCUAUCCAGGACGCCUUUGAUGCGAAUCCCUCGCAGUACUCCCCAACCAGUCUCAACUACCUUGGCUCUGGCGCUUCGUGGUGUGGCCCCUACAAGACCUGGCAGCGCCUUUACGGCUAUGAUUUCACCAAGGGCUUGACCGAGGAGGAGGCCAAGCACGUCAUUGGCGCUGAGGCCGCCAUGUGGUCUGAGCAGGCUGAUGAGCUGAAUGUCGAGUCCAAGGUCUGGCCCCGUGCUGCUGCCCUCUCUGAACUUCUCUGGUCUGGCAACCGCAACCAGGAGGGCUACAAGCGUAUCACCGAGCUCUCGGCCCGCAUCUUUGAUUACCGUGAGCGCAUGGUUGCCCGUGGCCAUGCUGCCCAUGUCUUGGUUCCCAAGUACUGCCUGAAGCACCCUCACCACUGCGAUCUCCACCGCAACCAGACUGCCUGGGGCAAGUAAUUUUUAGAGCGAGUGGUUACCCCCUUCCCUCUUGACUUGGUCUUUUUGCCAACGUGCUUUUUCCUUAUCUAGUGUAGUAGCAUUAACUUUCCGUAAUAAAAAUAUGUCCAAUUUGUACAUGA